AUGAUGAUUUUGUGCAAAUUAUGUAAUGACGUCUAUUCACCGAACAGGGAUUUUAAUGAUUGGACAAGAAGAGGUGAUGAUUUAGUUACCGGAAACAUUUCGAUAAUAUUGAGUGAGAUGACACUGGCCGAAGUAGACAAUUAUGACGGGUGGAGGCUAAAAUUUGACAGCGGAAAGUGCAAAAAACUGGAAAACAAUCUAAAAUUAUGUACAGUUUCGAUAACUAGAGGACACGAUAAAAAACCUGAGGGUAGAGGUGGUGUGGACUUGAACGGUGUUGCGUUCGAAGCUGGUGCUUUUAGAUCUGAAGUUGCAGCUGUUUCUGAUGCCGCUGAUCUCGUUCUUCUCUUAUCUCUUUCAUUUCGGUCCACUUAA